AUGUCCGUCACCUCACCUGGAGAUCCUGGCGAUAAUCCGGACGAUGCAUCAUCCUCCACCGAAAAUCCGGCGUAUGGCGUGUGGGUGCAGCAAGACGCCUCCAUCCUCUCCUUGUUAAUUUCCUCCCUCUCGGAGGAGGUCAUGUACCUUGCCCUCGGCCAGGCGACUUCACUCGGUGUAUGGAUGGCGGCGGAGACAGCUCUCGGAUCGGCGACGCAGUUCCACAGAGGAGUACCAGGGCCGUGCGCAACAUUUGGUCGAGGACUUGCGCUGGCCGGACGAACCUUGACGCCAACGGAGCAAAACCUCUAUGUUUUCCGGGGGUUGCGGCCGGAAUUCCAGGCAAUCGCUUCCUCCAUGGCAAUCACCGGCAGGCCGGUAUCCAUCCCUCAGCUUGCAGAUUACCUCCAGGCACAGCAGUUUAUAGAUGCUGAUGAUUUCCCGACCUACCAACCGGCGACGCAGAAUGGUGGUCCAGCAGCGUUGUACGCGGGUCGAGGCAGACGCCAACACGGAGACAGUGGCCGGCAGUCUCAUGGUGGAGGAGGACGCGACGGCAAUCAACGCGGCGGUCGCGGAGGACGUGGCCAGAACGGCGGGUUGCACUGCCAAAUCUGUCGCUCUCAGGGGCAUUCUGCCGCCUUUUGUUACCGGCGGUACACGGAGCCGCUGCCGUCGCAGGCUCAUGUGGCCGUUGCAGGAGAUGGAACGGCAUAG